AUGCGAUUGUAUACCUACUGUAACCUACAACCCGCGCCUCAGGAGUUGAUUAUUGUCCACUCUUGGAACUCCCUUGACACGAUAACCACGCCUUUACUCACCUCACACCUCUCUUUCGCAAUCGCAUCUCUGUCGCGGGAUCCUAAGCCACCGCCGAAUACACAUACCCCUCGCCCUACUCCUAACUCGCGCUUACGAUUACCAUGUCUGUCGAAAUUGACCCCCCCCGAGCUGAGUUUCAAACGCCCCUUCAACCAGGAAGUAUGCCAGAUUCUGCGUUUGCGCAACGCCGGUCAGGACUCGGUUGUCUUCAAGGUUAAAACCACUGCCCCCAAGCACUACUGUGUGCGCCCUAAUUCCGGCCGUAUCGAGCCUGGCCGGGCCGUCGAGGUCCAAGUUCUGUUGCAGGCUCUGAAGGAUGAGCCCGCCACAGACGCGAAGUGCAAGGACAAGUUCCUGGUCCAGUCCGUGGCUGUUUCGCCUGACAUGGAACACGCCAAUGUGACCUCAAUUUUUGAAAGAUCCCCCAAGUCCGCCAUGGUGGAGCGCAAGAUUCGUGUGAUGUGGCUCGCUGCGGAUGCUACUCUGCCGGAAUCAAAGGGUAACGACUCGGUAUGUUUUGCUGCGGGCCUACCGACAUAUCACGCACAAAGCUUACCUCUAUACAGGUCCUGGACGAAGAGCCUCCUUCUUACAACUCCCCCGGUGGAAAUUUCGAAACGCCUGCUCCUGCCGCCAAAAAGACCGAGCAACUGUCCCCCGUCCCCGCCCCCGAUUUCUCCGAGAAGCCCAAGUCCGAGUCCCCCCCAGCCCUCCGAACCCGCCACUGCAUUUUCGAACGCCAAGGCUGCCGUGGCCAGCGUACUUCCUUCGAGUGAUGAAUUGAAGGCGCAGCUUGCAGAGGCCAACGCGCAGAUCCAACGGCUGAAGGACCGACUGGCGGACCAGGGUCUGCGACAGCGCAAGACUGGCGGCGAUGCCAAGGCAGCUCCAGCGGCCAUGCAACAAUCGCACCAACAAACCGAGUCCGGCGUACCAGUGCAGAUGGUUGCUGGGCUUUGCCUAAUCAGUUUCCUGAUCGCCUACUUCUUCUUCUAA